UCUUGUCCGCUGGUUACGCUUCGUGUGCGUGAAUGUGACGCGGAAACAGGGAGUCAACCAUGAGAGUACAUAUGGUAAUAUUGGCUCCAUGCUUGCCAAGUGGUUGCAUUGGUCGUGGCUAUCACGAUGGAUGUGUGACGGAACAAGCAACCGAAUGGUGGAUGAUAAAAGCCAAAGGUCGACCGGGAGGAAUCGAUGAGAGUACGUUCAUGAGUGUCCGCCAGGCUUCUCAUAGAGCCAUUAGGCGCUUGAUGUCAUUAAGGUGUAAAGGCUCAGGGGGGAAGAGUUGGCAUGAAUGUAUAUCGAUGUCCUAGUCAAGAGAACAAGAGUGAUUGGUCCUCGGCCAGACACAUGCCCUUCUCGAAGAUUUGCCGGCACCCUUGCUGAAGCGAUUGGAGAAUAUAGCCGCGCUUCUGAGAGUCGUUUCAUAUCUGAAUAAUUAGUGAGAGGAGUAACCACAAGCUCCCUAGGUGAUCACUGGCAGAUAGCCUUUUGACCUCAACUAUGUAGCCGUAUCCGACAACCUCUUUUUCCUGCCCAUGUGUAAGCCGCCAACCGAGGGUCGGAUAUAUAUGUAGGCACCGAUAUCGUCGAGCUAUCUUGUGCAUGUGGUGGCAACGAACGGAAGUUGCCGAUGGAGUUAGGUUGUCCGGUUGAUGGAUUGCUCCGUUGGUUUGCUUGUGCUUGCGGAACUGACGACAAAACGUCAGAGGAAAGCUCACUAGGAGGGAAGAGGCAGAGCAAUGGAACAAAGAAAAAAAAAAGGAAAAA